CAACAUCUCAAUUGAUUCGAAUUCCGCUUUUGCCUCUCUUUAACCUCCAUAUCUUUCUUUUCCAACAAGCAGGUGCUUCAAUUGUGCAGCGUACACAAACUUCGUCUUUUUUCAAUAACUAUUGCAACCAACUCACUCAAAUUCCCUCUCUUAUUCGAAACACAUACUUUCUCUUGUCGCACAAAUCCAUACAUACCACCGCACCGAUUGAACCUUCCACGUUGCGCCAUACAAAUCAUCUGAUAUCUGCAACUACAACCCUAAAACACACUACAUUUUACCUCCUAUUUUCACUCAAUUGCAAAAUCUUAAUCAAUCUACAACCAUCUUCCGCCGAGCACACAUCAUGGGCUUCUUCUCCUCCAGCCCCUCACACCAUCACAGCCAUAACCAUCAUGGUGGCCGCACCGGGCACAGCGGACACAAUGGACACAACUAUUUCAUUCGCCCCAGUACUUCCACCCCAUCCUACUCCAAACGGCCCGCUUUCUACGCCCGAUCUUCCGCCUCAUCGUACUACAAGCGACGUCCACGCGAUGGAUUUUUCACGCGCAUGUUGACGCUGAUCCGACGCUGGGUCCGGGAAUUUUUCGGCUAUGCUCGACGUCACCCGUUCAAGGUCUUCUUCCUGGUCAUCUUACCGCUGAUUACGGGCGGGGCUCUGCAUUCCCUAUUGCGCCAGUUUGGAAUCCGGCUGCCGCCGAGCUUACUUGCGCUGGGUGGAGGCGGAGGCGGUCAAUCGUCGCGCGGUGCAGGGGGUUACAUGGAUGAAUAUUCGAGAUAUUCGUACUCCGGGCAACCUUCUUCGUCAUAUGGUGGCUAUGGUGGCGGUGGUGAUGGUUUCUUUGGAGGUGGCGCAGGGAAUACGCUUGGUACGUUGAUGAAGGUUGCGCAGGCGUUUAUGUGAUUAUGAAUCCACGGGUUGGGGCCAGAUUGUUUUAAGGUAUCAAAUCCUCCGAGGGAGCUUGUCUUGCGCGACUUGUUCGGCUUGCGGCUCUGGCAUUGCAUUGCAAUUUGCAUGUGGAUUUUACCCUUUCGUCAGGGAUCAAAAAGGUCAAGCGACGAUCCCGUCGCAGGAAACCCCUGGACUGGUAUAUCAAUGGUGGAAAGUGUGAGGAACAGAACGCUGGGGUUUGGGAUUUGGGAUUUGACUUUCAAUUCUUCACGAAAUUAUUUCGCUUCGACCUGACGCCGUUAUGAUACACGAUUUGUUUUUUUAGAUUUUAACUUUGAAUGAUGGGAUGCACGAAUAGAUAUAAAGGAUAUCAUCACUCGCAGUAUAUGACAGUUUUCUAGAGGCAAACUAUGACAUGACCAAAGAGCUAUGCGGAACAGCUAGAUUCGAAUACUUCAAACAAAAAGACUUUU